AGAAUGACAAGAACACAUCUACUGAUACAAUUUCCUCUGUGCGAAUUGAAAUCUCUAACAAAUUCCGAUUUUAAUUUCAAUUCCAAUUCCAAUCUCCACAAAUUUCUGAUUUCUUCCACUCCUUCGGGUUUCCUAAGAUCGUCAGUAACGUACUUUGUAAGCUACCCAUCACUCCUUUAACCAAACUUCCGUUCUGAUCCAAAAUUUGCAGCUGAUUAAGAUGAUGUUGAUGAGGGCUUAGGGUUUUUUUUUUAUCAAGACGAUGAGACGAUUUCAUCAACUGAAUAGAUUAAGUGGACGAUUGAUAACUUUAUAUCAACAGGUUAAGUUAGGAUUUCUUAUACUUUGAGUUUUGGAUCGAAGAUUUGUUCUUUUUGAGGUGGAAUGGAUAAAAAUGGAUUGCUGAUAGUAUUAUUGCUCUUAUUUAUGACCGUUUUGGGUCGGUCUAAUGCCUUGAGUUCUAGGAAAUUAGUUUCGACACCGGAUCCAAAUGGCAGCUCUAAUGCAAUUCAGGAUGAUCCAUCUUCUACAUCCAUUAAUGAUAAGAAGUUAAAUCCCUCUCCAACUGAGACAACAAAGCCAGUUGAUAGUCCAAAUACAAAUCCCUCAAAUGUGGAUUCUAAAGGCUUGAAUGAUGAUAAUACCAAGAUAAAUUCUGAAAAUCCUCCUGAUAAGACAGCAGAAAAGGAGAAGGGUAAAGAUGGGAAAGAGAAAGCAGAAACACAAACACAAACGCAAACACAAAUGGAAACAUUUGCUAGCAAAAGUUGCAAUGGCAAUCCAGUUUGUACAGACCAGGGAAAAACCAUGAUCGCAUGUAUUCAAGAUUUUCAAAAUGGUUCCAACAAUGUGACACUUAUUGUGGAAAAUGAAGGAAUUCUAGACUUGAAAGUGAAUAUCACUUCUGACACAUCUAUAAACGAUAUUUUAGCACCUUUUGAAAUACCUAGUCAUGCUACUAAAAAGGUUAAUUUUAUAUUAUCUGGAGACAAGACAACAAAACUUAUUCUAAAUGGUGAUUGUGAGCUUCAACUUAAGACCAAAACCAUCAACACUCCUCCAAAACCUAAGGAACCCGAAACUCCUCCAAAGCCAAAAGACGAAAAUAACCCUGCACACACUCCUUUAAACCCCAAAGAAGACAACAAUCCUCCAAAACCUAAAGAAUCCAACACCCCAACAAACCCUAAAGAAAUCAAAGAACCUCCAAUCCCCAAUACCCCUGCCACAUCACCAAAAGACAUCAACACCACCCCUGCCACGUCAUCCAAAGACAUCGACAUCCCCGCCACGUCACCAAAAGACAUCCCCCCUCCCGAAAGUGUGGAUGUUCCGAUUUCUCAAAACAACCUUUUUGACCAGUUGAGUUUCUACUCGAAGCAAGUGACACCUAUGCAUGGUGCUUACGUGGCGUUUCUUUUGGCUUUAGUUGUCGGUGGGUCGUGGGCCCUGUGUAGCUUCCGGAAGCGGAGGAAUGACGGCGGGAUUCCGUAUCAGGAACUUGAAAUGGGGCUUCCGGAAUCUUCUAAUGCGGUGAAUGUUGAUACUGUGGAAGGAUGGGAUCAAGAUUGGGAUGAUGAUGAUUGGGAUGAAGAUAAGGCGAUUAGAUCGCCAGGUGGGGGUGUGACACCGAAAACUAUCUCCUCAAAUGGGUUGACUUCUAGGAAGAAAGACGGAUGGGAUGCUGACUGGGAUGACUAGGGUAAUGAAGAAUAAAGAGGGAUAGAUGGGUUUAUACUCUGAUGUAUGAUAGAAGUUUUGUUUUUCAUUGAUUAAUU